CUCGAUCUUGACAUUAUACAGUUAUUCCCUGGAAAUAACUCUAAAUUUUUCGGUAGUCAAAACUCGAGGAACUCUCUGAACCCUCCUCCCAGGGGGAAAAACCCCCCAAAAAAGGAAAAAAAAGCGUAAAAUAAAAUAAAAUAAAAAUAAGAAACAUUUAUGGAACCGGAAACCAAAGCCCGGGCACCAGAGCGUGCCCUGAGGCAGUACCUGGCCCAUGCCUUGGAGCAACCACAACCCAACUGCACUCGUUCCGCCGGCUGCCUGGAUCGCUUUCUGGCCAAGGGAUUGGACAACUUCCCACCGUCGCCACCGCUAAAGGCAAAACCCUCGCGCUGCCUGCUUUUCGAGCAGCUACUCAGCGGCUGUAGGCGGAAACAGGAGCGCCUGCUGGUCCCAGACCUGGCCACCAAUUGGUUUCGCAAGCAAAAGAUCUACGUGGACAAACUCUCCGCAGAGGAGCUGGCCGCCCUCAGCAGUGGCCUGGCCAGUCGGGAUGAAAGUCACUGCCUUGAAGACAGAAAGUGUCCAGAGCAGCCAAGAAGAUGCCCGGAUGGAGGAGGCUUGGUGUCUGCCGAGUGUCUGCCCAUCACAGGGCCCAAAUCACGGAAUCCCUUUCUCAUGGACAGCGGGGCCACGCUGGAGGAGAGGCAAACCAAUUGUUUACUCGGUUCCAAGGACACCACUAAGGAAGGCAGCAGGGACUGCCUUUCGCCCAGACGAACAGAGCCCAUGCUGAAUCGCCGUAAGAACGAUCUCCGUAAGGCACCUCAUCGACGUCUUGAUCCGGCCGCCUUUCGCCGCAUAUCUCCAGAGUUCUUUUGCCUUUUGGAUGCCUACGAGACGGCCAUGAGCGAGAGCUGCCCGCUGUAUGGGAUUCCGAUGGAUAGCUGGGACGAGAGGAAGGUCAGCUCUGUGGAGGAGGAGGCCUGGCAGAAGCAGCAUUGUCUGGGCGACGAGGCGGUGGCCACUGCAGUGGUGUCUCCCUACCGGUUGGCGGGUCAGAAUAGUAGGCCACCAGAGGAGGAGGUGGAGGAUGAGGAGAUGCAGCUGGAGAAGGCAAGCAGCAAGUGGAGGGAAGAUCAGGAAGAUAGGGAAGAUGGGGAAGAAAAAUUGAUGAAGCAAGAAAUGGAAAACGAGAGAAGAAAUUCCAAGAAGCGGAGGGUUUCCCUAGUCUCCCAGGAACCCCAGCAGGAGCAGGAAUGGAAGGAUAUACAGCCCUGCAACAGUGAGACCUGCUCAGCCAGGGGAGAGAUGGUCUCCUUCUGCUCCUACCAAGAGCGUCCGCGACGACGUUAUAAAACCCAAAAUUCCCUGUCAAACUAUUCCUCCGUAAGAAGUGGUUACGAAGAGGAGCGACAGCUCGAGCUGCAGCAAAAGCAGGAGCAGUUAAAGCAGCAGCAAGAGCAAAUCCAGCUGGAACAGCAGGAAAAGCAGGAGAAAUUAAAGCAACAGCAAGAGCAACUACAGAUGGAGCUGCAGGAAAAGCAGGAGCAGUUAAAGGAACAGCAAGAGCAGCUGAAGCAACAGCAGGAGCAGUUGGUGCAACAGCAGCAGCAACUGCAAGAGCAACUGGAGGGCACUGCCGCGGCCCCGAAACGUCCGGCCAAGACUCCGAAGAAGCGUCGGUGUAACUGGUGUAGCUGCUUUCGUCCAUCGACGACGAUGCAGUUUAGGAAUGCCUACAGUAACGCCUAUUUGCCAGGGCUCUAUGCCCAAGCUCCUCCUAAGCCUCGCCUUUUGCGUACUCCUUCUCUUCCGCCGGCUCCUCUAUCAUCCAAUCUUUAUCUUAUGCCCCAUCAGCGUCUUCCUCCUACGGCAUCUUCCCUGUACACGCCUCUUUCCUCCGGCUGCACCCUGUGCAGUGCCUCGAACCGAAAGAAGCACAUCCUGGGCGGUUUGACUGGCCUCUGCAAGCGCGUUACCAAUCCGGGUCGCCAUCUCCUGUAUAACCUGCACCACAACCGAGCCAAGUAUGCCAAACAGCAACAGAUUCAGCCAAAGAGGCAUCUAACCCCGCAGGAGGGGUUGGACCAGGCAGGGGUACCACAACUCUUUAUCUCAACUCCUGCGCCCUGCACUUGGAAAAAGGUGAAAAGAAAGUUGCCGGAGACGGAUAAGGUGAAGGAAAUUCAGGCGGAGGAUAGCACCACCACAUUGAAGCCUUCAGUUUACGAGAAGGAGGAGGAGCAGCAGCAGCAGCAGCAGCAGCAGGAGGAGCUAUCAAAGCUAACCAGCGAUCAGAGCUUAAAUUUUAAUACGCCGCCCAGCGAAUGCACCUUGGCGGGAUUUCCUCAGGUUCCUGGUGACUCAAGGUCCAGUGUAUCCUUUGAGCAAGAGCCAGCCAGGACUUUAUCCAUAACCCACCAGUGUGAAUGCGAUUGGAGCUCCCGGGAUACACAGGACAUCCCUAUCGAGGCAACUGAGUUACAGCAGGCAGAUGCAUCGGGUUACAAUCACCAAGGACAACCAUCAAGAUCCAGGAAAUCUAAACCCAGUCAAGCCGCAGCCUACCUUCCCAACGAAACCCAGGAAUCAGCUAACGAGGAGCUUCCACCUAGAGCCCCUAAGCUAACCAUGCCAAGAAGGCAAUCCCUCUAUACCCUCCACCCUUUUAGUGGCUUUCGUCCACGGGGUCUUCACUGGGGCAACGACUACCAGCAGUUGAUGCAACGCGUGGCCAGGCCAAGGCUCAACAAUCGGCGUAUAAAGCGCAAGAAGAUAUCAGAUCAGGUGGCUCCCAAAACCAAACCAAAGCCUAGGGUUCCAAACCAACCCAAGCCAAAGCCUACUUCCAAGCCCAAGACGAAGUUGAAACCCAAGCCAAAGGUGGCAUCUGCAACCACAGCGCCAGCACAGAAUACCCAAGAUCCUCAGCCCACCAACGACGACCCACCUAGACUGUGUAGCCAGCAGUCAAGUAUGAAUCCCAUCCAGAUAUGUCGGCGGCAGAGCACCAAGACCUUGCUUGAGUAUCCCUCACCUGCUCAGCCAGAGCCCAGCGAUUGCGCCUGCCAAAACCAAGCAGAGAGUCCAAUGAGUUCCGAGCAAAGCUCCAUGGAUUUCGUUAGCUGUGUGACCACCAGUAAGAGCCAGGACCAGCGUGGCAUUCCCUCAACCGAAAGCCACAGCAAUACGGAGAGCCAAACGGUCACAGAGCAGAGCUCCUUCGUUUCCAUGGUCUGCAAGUGUACCCACCAGGAAGAGAUCUCGCAGGAGAAUCCCAGAAAAUGUACCAGUACCUUGUCAGAGGAGCCAAGUCCCCCCAAACGAAAGAUCACUUGCAGGAGUCCAAUUCCUAGGAGACGAGAACGAAAACAAAACAGUUACCAGAGACUAAAGAGUCUGGAGCAGCCCAGUCAAGGGCGGACCACCUCCUGCGGCUCCAGUUCCUCGGGGGGAAGGAUGCAGCGAGAGCGGUCCUCCAGUAACUACCGUCAAUCCGAGGCUUCUGCCUGUCAUAGGCCCAAGCGGUGCCAGGACAACGACCGUCCGUCUAGGAGAAAUGCCACAACCAAAACCAAGGAGGUAUCGAUGGCCUCUUUUUGGUCACAGCGGCGACGCCGACCCUUCUGUUCGCCUUGGGCGGAUUACGAAAGAAGCCAUCAGAGCUUACACUCAAAGGCUUCUUCAGGCUGCUCCUGCUGGCCUCCGCAGGAGUCUCGACAGAAUCCCAGCCAAGAUGUCCCCUCUUCGAGGCCAAGCUUUCGGAGAAGAUGCCUCCCGAAUCAGUGGCUUCCGCCAGCCAUGGCCUGCUUAAGCAGUGGACAUGCCUCGCAACGUUCAUCCUUUGAGACACCAGGACAAGUAUACAACUAUGCGCCCAUCCAACCAAUGCUGUCCUUUGCCCCCAUGCAGCCGGAGACUUCCUUUGAGGCAGCUCAACCAGUUGCUUCGUCUGUUGAACCAUCCGAGCACAUAACACGAGGUCGUCGCUACUACACCGAGACCCAGCCAGGCAGGGCAACUGGAAACAAGUUCAGUUGUCGUUCCAUGCACACCACCUGCUCCAUAAGGGCCCUCAGUUCCAACACUGACAGCAUGCGGUGUCCCUGUGCCCCGGCGCCAUCGGUGGCCAGUGUAGAGCCACCACCGGAGGAGGAGGAGGAGGAGCAGCAGCAGGAGCAAGAGCAGUACUACCGAUACCAGGAACCCUGUCCCCCAUCGCCUCCAGAUUCCGGGUUCAAGAUUUGCAGCAAUAAGACUUCCUUUCUGAAGAAUACUAUGCGCUGGGAAGAGCAAGAGCAUCGCUAUACACACACCAGGCUACGAACGAAACGGCCACCGCCAGAUGAAUAUUAUUCCAGUGGGAACAACUCCUUCUAUCGUCCAGAGCCACCUAGCUACCAGCGUUGGGACAAUGAUUUCUACUGCCAGCCAGGGCAGGAAUCCUUUCCGGAUGCCAGGCCAUGGCACCAGCCAUAUACUUAUGCCCUUGGCCACCAGGUUCAGCCGGAUUUCAAUUCAGAUCGGGAAGGGGCCAUUGCAGCCGCUGCCCAAGGCCUUCGGGGUCUGGUUCAGGCCAUGGGUGGACCUCGGCACAGAUCGAGACACAGUAGAUGCAGUUUGGACUCUUGCUAUCAGCCACAGACUGGAAGAGACAGCUCCUGCCUCUACUCCGACUGGCUUGGCCACCAACCGCAAAGAGAAAGUCUGACCAGCGGCAGUUAUUACUCGCGAGGAAGCGGGGCCGGCGAGAGGACAUGGAGCAGCAGGGAGGCAUCAGCGGCGAGAUUUAUUAGAGGGAGCACAGCGAAAAGAUCAGCCAGAGAAGGGAGAAGAGGGCCCGACUCGGGAGCCUUCAUUUCCCUUGGCUCUGGCAUGGAUUUUCGCGGUGAACCCUUCGCGAGUCCGAGAACUAUGUGUUCCCGCUCCAGGCGAAGACGAACUGGUGGUUCCUCCCGUGUUAAAAAAGUUGAGCAUGAGCAGGAGGAGAAGCCCACGGCCUUGGCCAUUUUCCUAGACGAACUCAAAGCCAAGCAUGAUGCCACACAGAUCCUGAGUCAAGGCAGAUCCCCCCCAGAAAUCACAGAACGAACCGGCCGAGAGAGCUCUUCCAGCGAGAACUGUGCAGAUCCCUCGAAAAGGAUGGCCAUUCCAACCACCUACACGGGUCUGCUCGAGGAGCAGAUCAUCAAUGAGUACCUGCCCAGGCCGCGUCACAAGCGCAGGACAUAGGACCCACCCAAUAACCAAAAGCCCAGAUAAAUAAACUCCACAAUUUACAGAAGA